AUGCGAAUUGAGCUUCUGUGUGUUGUGGCCUUGUGGGAGUGGUUAUGUCGAAGAGAGGAGGAGGAUUUUGAAGAUUCCCUGCAACUUCGAUUCAUCCUUUUCUCUUUAGCUUUCCAGUUAAAUCGAUUAGCAGGUCGAAACAUGUCUCGUGAGUUUUGUCCGGCGAGGCCUUUGUUUGGCGGCGCAAUUUCCAGCCACUUCCCUCAAAGAUUCGAGGAUGUGAGCAAUAUCCGACAAGUUCCAGAUCAUCAGGAAGUGUUUGUGGAUCCUUCAAGGGACGAGAGUUUGAUAAUUGAGCUCUUGGAUUUCAAGAGUGAGGUUGGUGACGACGGUAGUGCUUCUUGGUUCCUCCACGAUCUUGCUCGUGAACAAGACGCUGAAGGAUUCAAGUUGAUUGAGCAAUCAGAGGUCAUUGAAGCGCCUGGUCUUACUUUCAGAAACAUUCCUGCCGUUGUAACAACUGCUACUGGAGAGAUGGCUAUAUCUAAAGGAAGACAAGGAAGAGAAGCACAGAAUUUAGUGAGGGUAUAUGUGGCAAAUCUUCGUCUUAAGGGUGUUGAGACAGAUGCCUUGGUGACUGCUUAUGAACCUAUUCUCAUCAACCCUUUGAGCGAGAGUGCGGAAGCUGUAGGAUCUGGUUUAGCUGUGCCAGCUUCACAAUCUGGAAACAUGCCAAUGUGUGAUGUUAUCAAGCAAUCACUCUCCACAUUCAAAGUCAAUGACUGGAGUCUCUUCGGUUCCCCAGCUUGCUGA